AUGUCCUUUUUGAGAACGUUUCGUUCGAAUCUAGUACUCAGCACAGCUCCACCGUCACCGUACGGCACCGAACGCGACACAAUGCGUACUGGUUCCACGUCUAAAGGAGCUUCGGGGAAAGUUUCGUCGGCUGGUAGUCGAAAGAAUUCGGCCACAGGACGUUCCAUCGUGGAAGAGUCUGAUCGUACGAUUGAUGCCGGUCGGAGAAGCAGUAACAGUGGUGGAACGAUGCAAAAUCGAACCGGCUCGAAGCAUAGCACCGCUGGACGGUAUGGGAAGGAAAAUCCGGCUCCAAUUGUCGUCUAUCUGGACAAGCAGUCGGAUGGGAAGAAACACCCUACCAGCAUCCUGCGGACGAACACCUUCACCAGGCAUGAUGAGGAACCGGAACGUGUCCGGCACGCGAUCAGUCGCAGCGAUACGUUCACCAUCAACGAAACGAACGAUGAGCCGGUCAAUACCGGCACCUACACCAGGCAUGGAAAAUCAACCAUAGCAACAACGGAUGUGUUCGAGCCACUGUACGCGAAGAACAUCACGCUUGAUUCACAGGAAAAGCUCCCGGCGGUGGUAGACUCUCGCACGUACCGCAAGAAAUCACUGAAAUCCUCCAAACCCGUCCAGAAGGUGGAAAGUUUCAUCAAACGCUUCGAACGCACGCUCUUCAGCAAAGGCAACGGUGGCGAAACAAAGCGGCACGGUUCACGGAAAGGCUCGACCACAUCCGAGACAACGAUGGCACCAGGACCCCGGUUUCGGGACGUCGGAAUUAACUGCAAACUGGACGAGGAGGAACGAUACAAAGCAAAGCUGGAGGCGAUAAAACGAUCGCGACCUAGUUCGCGUGAUUCACUCGCCAGCUACCGAGAGCGAAGUUUGUCACCAGGCAAGACCAGACUGUUCACCUCCGGCACCUAUGAUCGCCGAUCGUCAUCGUCCUUGUCGGCCGGGAUCAUGGUGCAACCGUUGAAGGAAGACGAGUACAGUUACGGAAGUAGUAGAGGCAGUGUGACACCUCCACCAGGACGAUCGACGCUUUUGCAGCCGACCGAGAGUAGCAUUCUAAAAAGCCGCCAAAAGGAGAUCGAAAUGGGCUACAGUGUGGUUAACAAACGAGCGCCAGCUUUAUCAAUUGCUGCAACACCAUCUGCAAGUGGGCAGAUUCUAGUCGAUCGCAACACAUGGCGAUCGGAGCGUGAUCAGCAAGAUCAGGUGGUGUUGAGCAACGUUCGAGAACGCACGCAUCAUCGGGAACAUGCAACAACCACACGGUAUCCUGCUCGCAGGGAUACGUACCAAACGCUGAAGGAUGAGUACGAACGGCAGCAGAAGCAGCAGGUUCAGGCUCAGGCGUCAAAACCGAUCGGGAUCGCUAGCCCACGGAUGAGCGCAGGUCGAAUAGAGUAUGCGCCACCAUCACCACCAAGCGCACGCAAGGAUUCGCAAACCGAACUGCCGAAGUACACCUUCGGGACGGAUCUGCAAAAUCGUCGCAGCCGGUUCCAGCAGUUUCAAAAAUCGUUCAAAAAGAUGGAUGACAGCGCGUCGGAUGUUUCCGUACAGCAGAGUUUCUUCGUGCCCAUCUAAGGCAGCUGGUCCAUACCUAACGGGGACCGUUCUGGUCGUUCUUGUCCCGCGCACACGCCUUAUUGAUGUUCAUAACAAGCGCUAUAAAUAAAAG